CUUGAGCUGCUGAAGGACCCUCAUUCGACUAAGUGUAAUCACCAGUUUUGUGGGUAAGUGUUAUGAACUUUCCUUCGACGACAAUUAAUUGUAAUUGCAAAAGUAUUUUGCAACGCGGAUUCACUCUUCAUUGCUUGUACACUGUAAUCAGCCACUAUGUGCCAUAAAAGCUUACCUUGUGCAAACAUAACCUCUGAAGUACACUGAAGUGUUUAAAGAAGGCUUAAAAUAAGUAAAUACUUGCUUAAAAUUUCCACACAUCUCCGGCCAUGUCAUUUUGUUUUGUUGUACAAGCAGCAUUCUCAUAAUAAUGCUAUUUCUCUCUCACAUACAAUGUUAUUUAUAGGGCCGACAAGAAGUACUGGUAAUGGGACUGAGUGGAGUACAAUUCAUAUUGUAAUAGGGCCAAAGUACCGUAAUAUUCCAAAAGUAAGCCCCUCCAACUAUAAGCCCCCCAAACUCGUAAUGCAAAACACCCUCCGUUAAAUCGCCCCUCCUGAUAUAAGCCCCCCAGGGGCUUGUACUUGGAAAUUGCCCUCAAAUACUAUGUAACACAAAGCAAAAAUGGUAAAUGUCCUUCCAACUAUAAGGCUAGCCCAAUCGAUUGUGAAACGCAAAUUUCCCUCAGCAGAUAAGCCCCUCUGAAUAUAAACCCCUCCAAAAAUGAACCCCUCAAAAAGGGCCUUUGAAAAAUAUAAGCCCCAGAGCUUAUUUUCAGAAUUUUACAGUAUGCAUUCUGAAAAGAUAAGGCCUGUUCAGUAAACUUAACCUUUUCAACUCUGUCUUUCAUUGAAAAAGUCAAUGCAUCAGGCAAGUUCUUGAAAAGAGCAGCAAGAAAUCCAAAAACAAGUGGUACUGUCCUCUUUGUAAGACUCCUGUAUCCAAACGGUAAGUUCUUUUAUUUUUUUGUUCCUCUGAUUCCAAAGCUUUUUCUUUCCCUGACAGGCCACAAUUAUGUAAGUCUGUAAGCCAAAAAGUGGUUGAACACCUCUUAAGUCUGGUCCCCUAGUAACCCAAGCAUAAGCGCAACAUGGUCCUCAUUAGUAACACAAGCAUUUGAGCUUAUGAGCUGUUAAGCAGUCCCUGGCAACAUACUUGUCCUUAGACAACACCAAAAAAAAUUUACUCCUCACACCAACUUUGUAGGCUGGGCAUCCUAAAGGUUCAGAGCUUUUGCACUCCCUUAACUUUUUCUUAGUGAUCAUUGCUCUUGUGUAAAUAAACUUUUAAAUUCACCUUUUUGAUGAGUUGCUGGUAUACAAUUUUAUCUACAGGGUACUGCAUGCAUUUUACUAUACAUGAGCACACUGCAGAGAUUCCAAACUUUGCUUUUCAUUUUUAGGAGCUUGACUCCAAAUCCCAAGCUAAAUGAAAUUGUUGCUGCAGUGCGCAAUUUACAAGGAGCAGUUCAAGAUGACACAGAAAUUCCUACAGGUGAUCAGAUUGUCAAUAUUUUAGGAUAUUAUGUAAAAUGUUAGAAAUUUUUAUGACGUAGUUUAAAAUAUCUCCCAUUACUAUCGAUGAAAGAAUUACUAAACACCGAAAAUACAGGUGUAUUUCAGGAAUAUUUACUGUAAAUAAGCCAAUCACAAUAAUUAAGCGGAGGGCUCAUAAGCACAGUACAAAACCGUUAACAAAUUUAAUACCAUCGCCACUUGCGCAGUUUAGUUUGUCAUACCUGAUUUGAUUUUUAUUGCAACAAAAUAACAUUCCAGUAAUAUUAAUUCUGGUUAAAUCACUGUUACCUUGCUACUGUACAGACCAGUCUCAAUCUUUAUUUUCUUAUUGUAUGAGUAUUUGAGUAUAAUAAUUUAUUUUGUAAUUUGCUAGCAAUACGUUUUCAUUAUUAUUAUUAUAGUAAAAAAGUUCUACAAAUUCACUUUCACAUGGAUCAAAACUUACAUUUAUCCUGGAGCACUUGUUGUUGGGUAUUCUGAGACAUAAAUUUUGACUUUUGACUUUGCAAAUUUUAUUUAUGUUAGGCCCAGUUCAGAUACAAAACAUUUCAUGACUGGUUGAAUUGAGUCAGAUGACGAUCCUAAUUCCAGCUGAACUGGAGAAAAAUGCUCAUUUCAGCCAAAAUAUUGCAAAAUACAUAGUAAUAACACAUGCAUUAGGUUGUCCACAUGAAUUGAAACGCUGUUCCAUAGUCACUCCAAAGUUGAACUACACUGUCGCUGAAAAAAAGCUCAUUUUGGUCAAAUUGCUUGCAAAAUAUGUAAUAAUAAUAUAUGCAUUAAGUUAUGCACAUAAUUUUAUAAAUUAGGCAUCCGAAUUGAAGCAUUGUUCCAUAUAGUCACUUCAAAGUUGAAUUUCCCAGCCUGGCAAGGCAGGAAGAACAGCUGAGUAUUUCAAAUUGAAAUAAGCAAUCCUAAUUGUUUCAGAAACCAAACUUUUCAUGUGCUUUAUUCAAAGUAUUACCAGGUUCAGCUCAUGAAAUGUUGGUGUCUGAACCCGGCCUUUAAUCUGUGUGAUCAUGAUUGUAACUAGCUCUUAUCAUCUUUGUUCAGGUUCUCCACCAUCACAGCCCUUGAAAGGACCCAACACAGAUGUUAAUUCAAGUGUGGUUUCUUUUUCUGUUCCUCAACCAACACCUCGAAAAAAUGCUACAGGUCGCAAGGGUAGACGGAAAGCUUCAAGAGAUCAGUUUACUGUGUACAUAGAAAAAAAAGGUAUAUAA